UCUUCACUGUUGUUCGUUGUUUUCCAAGUUGCAAAAUCUCUUUCUUCUAUCUUUCUCUCUCUAAAAAUAUAGUGUAUGUAUAUAUAUAUAUUUGGGCAUUGUAUGUAAAUCACAGCCCUAGAAGCCAGCGAUUACCGGUAUUCGAUCAUGGAGCUCGGCGGUCCGAUCUGAGCUCCUCGAACUGGUUCUUGAACGAAUUUGAGGUCUGUGAUCGAUCGGAAUUCGGUUUCGAGUGGUGGUUGUGGAGAGAGAAAGUGUUCGGUGGGGUUUUAGAAAGAGAAAGUAUGUAUAAGAACCAGCUGCAGGAGCUGGCGCAGCGGAGCUGCUUCAACCUACCUUCGUACACGUGCCUGAGGGAAGGUCCUGAUCACGCGCCCAAGUUCAAGGCCACCGUCAACUUCAACGGCGAGACCUUCGAGAGUCCCAACUUCUGCACGACGCUGCGCCAGGCGGAGCACUCGGCGGCGGAGGUGGCGCUCAAUGCGCUCUCCAGUCGUGGUCCUUCGCAUUCGCUGGCCGCGAAGAUACUUGAUGAGACGGGGGUCUACAAGAAUCUGUUGCAGGAGGUUUCACAAAGAGUAGGAGCAUCUUUGCCAACAUACACAACUUACCGAUCGGGCCUAGGACACCUUCCUGUUUUCACCUGCACUGUAGAGUUGGCUGGCGUCACAUUUACAGGCGAACCAGCUAAAAACAAGAAACAAGCUGAAAAGAAUGCAGCAAUGGCAGCUUGGUCUUCUUUGAAAAUAUUAACACAACAAUCUGAGAGUUCAUCAUCACAAAAGGUGAUUUAUGAUGAGCAGGAGCAUAUCACUGUAGCACGUGCUCUACAGAAAUAUCUUGUGAAGGCAAAGAUGUGUAAUUUAUCAUUUCCGAUUAAAUUUCCAAUACAGAAUCCAAGAAGACCACAGAGCGCACAGCUACCUCCUGUUACAUCAUCAAGAAUCCUUCCCCUGAUACGCUCAAAGACAGUUCCUCGAUGCAGACCCAUUGUAACACCUGUAAACAGCCCAAUAUUCCCGAAUGCAGCUCCUCCAAGCAGACCAUUAAGUGAAACAGUAAGAGAGAGACCCAUAUGCCCGAAGACAGCUCCUCAGAGUCAACCUGUAAUCACAACAGCGAGUGACAGGUCCCUUCCAUCACCUGACAACCCCAGGUUCCAACCACCAAAGUUUCCCGCAGCUGGAGCAGCACCUUAUAUUCCUGUUCGGCAUUUUAGGGCACACCAUGGAAUUGCACCACCAGUGACGAUAAGAAAUGCAAUACCCGUUUUCUCUGCACCACCACUUCCUCCACCUAAACAGCCCUCACAGUUGAGCCGGCCUCUACCUUUGGGCAUUGCUCCACCCGUCUGUAUACGGCAACCUGUGCCAGUUUUUGCUGCUCCACCAGUUCGUAUAGAGGAACCACCGGCUUCUAUGGCUUCUACUAGCCCAGCGUCCAGCCCAUCAGUGCAGGUAGAUAAAACGGAGAGUUCAUUACAGGAGAAGAAGCGGGAAUCUGAGGUGAUGCAGGACUUGCAAGAGCUAAAGAUAUGAUGCCAAGCAAAGCAGGUUCUGAAUUGCAAGAACAUGUAGGUUAUCUACCAUAUUCUUCAUUCUAUAAGUUCUAUUUAGGUCUUAGUCCUGUCCAUUUCUCUAUUAUCAUUAUUAUUAUUAUUAUUAUUUUUUUUUCUGUUAUGAAGAGCUACCUGGCUUGUCACCUUAAGCCUAAGCUGUCGUAUAUCUCUUUGGGUUGUCCACCCUGGGAAAUUGCUUGUUUGGCUUGUUGAAACCAGUGGUGCGUACAAAAUUUGGACCUUAUACAUUAUAGAAACAGAUGAAAGUGAAGGAAUUGAGAAUUAUGUUUGCUUUCUGA